GCCGGGUCCCUCCUGCCGGGGGAGGCCCCUGGGGCGGGUCGGGCCGGGGCAGAGCCGGUUGUCGCCGUCCCCGGGAGCGGCGCCGUCCCCGUUGCCGUCGCCGGAGCCGCCGUCCCCGCCCGUCGGGGCGCCGGAGCCAUGGCCAAGCUGGAGCGGUGUCAGCAGGAGGCCGAGGAGGUGGCGCAGAUCAUGAAGGAGAACUUCACCAAGGCGCUGGAGCGCGAGGGCAAGCUCAGCGACCUGGACGACCGGGCCGAGGAGCUGCGCAGCAUGGGCCAGGUGUUCACGCGGACCAGCCGGGCGGUGGCACAGAAGCAGCGGGCCAGGCAUCGGCGCUGGCGCCUGGUGCUGGUGGGGCUGGCCGUCGGCCUCGCCGUCAUCAUCCUCAUCGUGGUUCUGGCGCUGUGGCUGGGUGGCACCAGCGCCGCCACCCCCCCGGUGCCACCCGCCAUCACCCGGGCUGCCCCCGGUGGGGACUGAGCACCCCCCCAGCCCGCCCCUGCCAGCGCCAGCCCCCCCGGAGACCCUACAAUAACAUGUCACCGGGACCUGCUUUGGGGAGACCCUGCAACAACAAGCCACUGGGUCCUGCUCCAAGGAGACCCUACAAUAACAAGCCACCGGGAUCCACUUUGGGGAGACCCUACAAUAACACACCAGCAGGUCCUGCUCCACGGAGACCCUACAAUAACACACCAGCAGGUCCUGCUCCACGGAGACCCUACAAUAACACACCAGCAGGAUCCACUCUGGAGACACCCUACAAUAACAAGCCACUGGGCCUGGCUUCGGGGAGACCCUACAAUAACAAGCCACCACGAUCUGCUUUGGAGAGACCUUCCAGUAACAAGCCACUGGGACCCACUUUGGGGAGACCCUACAAUAACAAACCAGCAGGUCCUUUUUCAAGGAGACCCUACAAUAACAAACCAGCAGGAUCCACUCUGGAGACACCCUACAAUAACAAGCUACUGGGCCCACUUCAGGGAGACCCUACAAUAACAAACCAGCAGUUCCUUCUUCAAGGAGACCCUACAAUAACAAGCUGGCAGGACCCGCUCUGGGGCCACCCUACAAUAACAAGCUACUGGGCCCACUUUGGGGAGACCCUACGAUAAUAAAUCACUGGGUCCUGCUCCAAUGGGACCCUACAAUAACGUGCCACCGGGAUCUGCUUUGGGGACACCUUCCAGUAACAAACCAUGGGGACCUACUUUGAGGAGACCCUACAAUAACAAUCCACUGGCUCCUGCUCCAAGCAGACCCUACGCUAAAAGGCCGCUGGGCCCCACUUUGGAGAGAGCCUACAAAUCGGCUGGACCCGCUCUGGGGACACCCUGCAAUAACAGUGGGACCCUACAAUAACAAAGCUCAGGGCCCUGCUUUGGGGAGACCCUACAAUAACAAAGCCCUGGGACCUGCUCCAGAGAGCACCCAUGAUGACAAACCACCAGGCCCUGCUUUGGGGAGACCCUACAAUAACAAAGCACUGCAGGGAGGGGUGACCCUGGCCUGGGGGCACCCUCUGGGCAGGGGGAAUCGCCCUCUGCCAGCUCUCCCUUGGGUGCCCCGGGGGGGAGGAUGUGUGUCCCAUCCUCCUGCCUGGGCAGGACCCGGGGGUGCUGCAGCCCGGUGUCACCUCCCCGCACCCUGGGGUGGCAGGGCACGGGGCACCCAUGGGCCCAGCCUGCGCCCUCCCAGGGCACAGCAUCCCCCGGGCGAGUGUCACCGGGGCACAGCGUCGCCCCGGCACCCCACGGCAGCGCCCGGGCACCCGUGGCACAGCCGGGCACCCCGUCCCCGGGUGGUCAGCGGAGCCGCGACCGUCUCCGCCGUGAGUCUCUUUAUAGCCACUGCUGAGAUUAAAAACAAAAAGAAACGCUAAA